AUGGAGACCGGUAAUACUGUGUCGCCGUUUCGCAUCUCACACCAGGAUCGUGACAACCUGGAUCGCAAUGAGGCUUUCCGCAUGAUGCGUGAGCAUCUCAGGCGACAAGAAUUGGGCAUGAAGGCCCCUAGCUUUUGCGCCUGCCACCGCAAUACCUGCUCGGCCCAAGAACAAGAGACAUUCCGCCUGCAUCGCGACAUCAUUCAUACGCUGCUUCUUCCCCUGUCUCUUUUGCACCACGAAGCCUCACGCAUCGCCGCCAGCGUCCUUCCGAGUCGCAAAGGAGCGGAAGCCGACCGAGCCUUUCGGGGUGAGGCACGGAGUGCCUAUGCCUGGUUACAUUCGAUCCUGACCGAGGAACACGAUUGGUACUUGACGGAGCGUUGCCCCGCGUGCAUUGUUCUGCAUGUGAUGAACUCUGAGCCCACCAUCCGCUUUAUCGCCGUGGCCUGCCUCUUGUCCGACCAUUUGCAUGGCAGCAAAAGACGGUUGCCGAACUUCGAAUUUUGGCUACGGUCGUUGGAAGCCGCAGUCCGGGAAGAUCCCUUCUGGGGCGAUGAUUUCUGGCCGGACAUUGAAUACCGGGCGUAUGCGCUAGCCGAUAGCGUCAAGGAGCUGGUGCUGCAGUGUCUGGAGCUGCAAGCGGCCUGGGAUCGGCAAGACCUGCCGCCGGCUGUGUCGUACCACGCCAACUUCCGCUGUGACUCGUCACGGCCAGCUGUGGUGGUCAAGUCGGCCAACUGUGCACCCGUCACAAUCUCAAUGGGAGACGAGCAAAAACUGAUGGCCAAGGUCGCCGCCAGUCGCGGUACGCAGUCGCGUCGGACCGACCGGCCUCAACGUUUUCACACUCGUCGCCACGCGGAUGCUCGCAGAAGAUCCGUGACGUCUUGA